GCUGCAGUGAGGGUGUAAAUCCACCAGGGGGCGCGGACGCCCUGUGACAAGCAGCGAAGAAGAAGAACGCCGUUUGGAAAAUGGCGGGCCCUUUGACAGAAGAACAAGUCGCACGUCAACUUUAUGAUUCGCUGCAGGCUGCAGCUUGUCCUUUGGUGCAGGGUUUGUACUUGAAGGAAGACGACAGCAUGCUGGAGCUGCUGUGCUCUCCCUCUGAGCUCCGCACCGACAUCCUGGCCUGGAUCUGCAGCAGGAUCGAUCCAAACGUUGCCAACUCAAAAGCAGCGAGGUCCCAUGAUCCGCACGCUUUGACCAAAGAAAUGGCCGCGUUUGGCCACGAGCUGAUGCUGAUCCAAGCAGACGACCUGGACCUGAUCAGGGGUAAAGCCAGUCCCCGCCGACAGCUUCGCUUCCUGGAGCAGCUCUUGAUUCUCGUCCCUGGCUGUAAAAACUCCGCUGAGCGCCGGACUGACGGAGAGUUGCUGCUAAGUCAGCUGUUUGCUAAAGAUAACCUAGCGAACCUCACACAGAUGCUCCAACCAACCCUCGACCCCUGGCCUGUGCACAUCAAGGCGUUACGUAAGGGCACGAAGGCGUCCUGCCAACCACCAGCUGAGAUUCCCGAUGCUGCUGCUCUUCUACAGUCGACUCGGACACAACUGAAGGAGCUGCAGUCGCAGUGUGAUUUCCUGAGCAGCGAGGAGGAAACGGCGUCCGUCUUCUCUCCGAGCUCGCUGCGUUUGGCAGCGUGUGACCUCCAGCAGCUGAUGACGACCUUCAGCCAUGUUUACGAGAUGGAUUUCAGAGCCUUCUGCAACAGAACGCCGCCCGGCUUCACCACCGAGGCCAAGGUCUUCCAGAGAGUCCACCAGCAGCUGCAGGCCUGCAACACGGAGCUGGAAAUGCUUCUGGAAGUCUCUGAAGCUUCAGCGGCUGUGAGUGAAGAGGUGAAGCAGCUCCAGACACAACCUCGCUACUGGAGCCGAGGAGAGAAGCGCCCUCUACCCGAUCAGCUGGAGGAAAUCACCCAGAGAGUGGGAAACAGCUUCUCCCAGUUUGGUUCCUGGUCCUGAACCUCGUCGCCAAGCGGAUCAGACGGACGCAGAACUGAAGCCCGGGACGGACGUCUGCUUUUGCUCGGCUGCCAGAUGGCUGUUCUUCUGGAUUCCUGAACUUUUAUCCAGAACUCGUUUUAGUUCUUGUGUUUGAACCAUGUCAGCGUGUCUUUGUGACUCGUCUUGUUGGUGCUAAACUGUUUAUACUUGUUUAUAGAAGUAAAUAAAAACUGUUGGUAUAAGAUCUAAAUAAAACACGGUUCUUUGAAAAAG